ACAACAUCCAGCUCAACCCACUCAGUCCUAACAGAAUUAUCUACAAGUGAUUCCUGAUAGACAUGUGGAUGGACUGCAUUGCUCAAGAUGGAGACUCACAGGCCAGUAAGAUUGCAGGCCGCAGGAAGAGAACAAGUUUCACAAAAGAGCACUUGGAACUACUUAAAAUGGCUUUCAGAGUUGACCCCUACCCUGGUAUUAGUGUCAGGGAAAGUCUAUCUCAAGCCACUGGCCUACCAGAGUCACGGAUUCAGGUGUGGUUCCAGAACAAGAGAGCCAGAACCCAAAAGAACAGAGCCAGUUGGUCCUCACCAAAGCUAGACAGUGCCUCUCCUCUGCCCAGCCCUUUCCUACCCCCUCACAUGGCUAGUGUUGGGGUCAGUGGCAAACAGAGAGGCAAUCAAGAGUCAUCCUUCAACAUUCAGAUGUCUCAAACGUCUCCUCAGCACUUUACUUUUCCUCCAAGUGACUAUAGCACACCUGCCAUUAAGCCUCGACAGAACAGGUUGAUGGGAACCAGCUCUUGUUCUCCCUCUGAUCUGCAAGCUAUGUCAGACAGCUGGAGCUCUGGAGGAAGCACACAGAGCUCUCCUGAGUCUACAUGGAGUCUCCCAGUACAGAGUUUUGGGAAUUCCUACAAGGACGAGAGUAAUUUCUUCCUCUACCCACCACCUCCUUAUCCUCAUGGAAGUGCCAGAGUUGGGUGUGUUAGUGGCCUGGAGUCACUUCCAACUUCUCCGGCCUCUUCUGAUUCUGCAUUUUGGGACAUGGGACUUGAAAUUUGCUCUCCAUCUGUGGCAGUCACCGACUGUGGAAGCCCAUGGAACUGCGUCGCUGAGGAGCAGCCUGUGGCCCCACUUCCAGUUCUGUCCUCUCAGUAUCUGGAGGAUGUCCUCGGGGAAAUGGAGCCGGCCUGGUGGAACUUCAAUGGCCAGAUGGAUCUAAAGUAAUCUAGCAAACAUCCAUAAACUCUAGGAGAGAAACACUGUUUUAACAUGGGGUUUAACUUGAGGGAAUUCUUUCUUUUUUUAACUGUGCUAUAUGGAAAACAUGGUAUUGUGCAAGUGCCGGUUACAGAGCAAUAUCAGCUAUCCACAUUGGACAUUUUAUUUGCAUUUGUUAUUUAAUGGACUUUAUUUAUUAUUUUCUACCAAGGAGUAGAUUUAAAACAGUAGCCAACGGUUGCACCAAAAAGUAACUUAUUGUAAACAGUAGCCUAUGGUUGCACAAAAAAAAACUUAUUUAUUUUUUAUGCUCUUUUUAAGGUAUUACAGUGCAGUUGGGAUAUUUAUUUACAU